AUGUUCUCUUCAUUAAAAAAAUACCGAACUUCAACCACCAAUCCGGUUGCUACCGUUGCCUUUGCCGCCGCCGCGGUCGUCGUUGCCACUGCUCUGUUGAGGACAAACCAGGCGGAAUCGCCGUCAUCUGGGAAAACAAUUGUUGUGUACAUGGCCAGAUCGACCAUGUGCAUCUGUCCGCGAUUGCUUCAAUCCAAAAUCCAAUCCGCUCCUGUUCGGCAAAAUGGUAUCAAUACGAAGCUAGUAUUUGAAAUGCUCUGA